AUGUCGUGUGCUGGACGAAGCUACGACCUCCGCCUGCCGCCGCUGCACAACACCGGGGAAUCUGCACCGCCACUCCGCCAUCCACCAGAGACAUUCCCGCCACGACAGGUGGAUGAGGUGACUGUCGCUGCACACUUCCACACUCUCACUCUCUCCCUCCGCCUGUGUCUUGUGCUCCCCGCCGCUGCAACUUUCCACAGCAAGGCCAGUGAUGAUGAUGAUGAUGAUGAUGAUGAUGAUGAUGAUGAUGAUGAUGAUGGCGACGAUGAUGAUGGUGAUGGUGAUGAUGAUGACGGUGAUGACAACGAUGAUAAUGGUGAAGAUUCACUGGAGCGGAUGAUCCUCAAGACAGAUCGGCCUGCGUGCAAGCAGGCCUCAGGACGCUUGGUGCUCGAGACACUUGGUACCCAAACAAACCACUUGGUCCCCAAAAUGUCUCUAGACUCACACGUCUGGACUACAGGCUUCGUGAAGGCAGCAUUUGGAUCCACACACACCAAUAUAAUGUCUGCCAACCCAUCCACUACAUCCUCAACCACAUCCACCCAUCCACCAUCCACUCAACCAUAUCUACCCACUCACAUCCACCCAACCACAGCCGUAACUCCAUCCAUCUAUCCACCGAUUCACACUCACCCAUCCACCCACUUCCAUUAG